CACAACAACAAUGCCGAAAAACCGCAAAAGAAAGGAGCAGGCGGAGGCUGACCACAACCCAAAACUUCCAACCAAAACCACCCCAAAAGACCCGUAUCCGAAUCACGCCCGACCCACCAGAGAAGAAUGCGUGUCCGUCCGAGACGACCUGUUGGCCCUCCACGGCUUCCCCAAAGAGUUCGCAAAGUACCGAGAACAGCGACUGAGUUCUCAAGCAUCCAAUGGCCACGACAAUGAUGUCAGCUCAGAACCGUUGGAUGAAAAAGAGAGUGUCUUGGAUGGUUUGGUAAGAACUCUGCUGUCCCAGAAUACCACGGAAUCCAAUUCACUAAAGGCGUUUGCUUCUCUCAAGUCAGCUUUCCCAACAUGGGAAGAGGUUUUGGCUGCUGAUUCACAAAGCUUAGAGAGUGCCAUAAGAUGUGGUGGUUUAGCCAAGACAAAAGCUUCUUGUAUUAAGAACAUGCUGAGUUGUUUACUGGAGAAGAAGGAAAAGCUUUGCUUGGAGUACUUGCGAGAUUUGUCAGUAGAUGAAAUAAAGGCUGAGCUCUCUCAUUUCAAAGGAAUAGGUCCAAAAACGGUGGCUUGUGUUCUAAUGUUCCAACUACAGCAAGAUGAUUUUCCUGUGGACACCCAUGUGUAUGAGAUUGCAAAGGCUAUGGCCUGGGUUCCAGUUGGAGCAGAUAGGAAUAAGACAUAUCUUCAUCUUAACCAAUGGAUACCGGACGAACUUAAAUUUGAUCUAAACUGCCUUCUGUAUACACAUGGUAAGCUCUGCCGCAAAUGCAUCAAGAAAGGAGGUAGCACCGGUAAGCAACAAGAAAAGGAAUCUGAGGAUAGUAAUUCCUGUCCUUUGUUGCGUUACUGCAAGUAAAUUGUAAGUUGUCUCCCUUAAGGUUGAAAGAUAAGAUCAUGUUCGUUUUAAGCAAGUCAAGAUUAUGGUUAAUCUGUAAAAGAUCAACUUCAUGUAUCCAAUCUGCAAUGAAGUCGUGUAAUCAACAGAGGCACAUAUUAGACUAGUCAUUAGCCAUGAUGCAGUUUUCUCUGCGUCUACGAGUGAAUGGGUAGAAACAGUUUUGUUAUCUCAGUGAAUUAUGGGGGCUAAUCAACUUUUACAUAUGUCAGUAUUUGCUUACAGCAUAAAGUAUUGAAUUGUAUUUGCAUUAUGUCAAAGUAAUGCUGACAUACAUCUGAACAUUUACAAUCAUGAAUACAUCAU